UCCAUGUUGUACCAGCAUUUUGAAAUUGCGGAUGAAAUGACCGUCAAUAUAUUCAGAAAACGCAAGCCGAUGUCGAGCCCCUUAGCAAUCGUUGGUGGAACCGCUACAGCCAACGUGCCGCAGGAAGUACCAGAGCAAGUGAUUCCCCCACAGCAGCCUCCGAGGCCGUGCCAAGAGGCUGUUUUGCCCGGCAAAGGUGCAAUGCAGGUCGUUGACUUGGAGCGAUCUGCCGAAGAAAGACUUGCGGAAACGAGAAGUUCUUGCAUUCCGGAAAUGCCUCAAAAUGGAGCUUUACCCAGACGUUCUGGCAGACUGUCCUUCUCGAAGCUGCCUGCUAUAAGCGAGGAGCGAAGUGGCUGCGCCAGUGGCUCAUCACUGAAUCUGCCCUCAAACACUGCAGAAAGCGAGAUGACGCCAAAACCAUUACAGCCAGUACAUGUGGAUGCUAUAGAAGAGCAGAAUUUACCAACAGAAUGCCCUACUUCUUUACAAUCAACACUUCCUGGCACCUCAUUUACCGAACGAUUUAUAAAUAAAGCGAUGCGAGAUUUUUCCAGCACUGUUCCAGUUCCACCUCCUCGAUCUGGCGAUUUUAAUCAUUCGUUCCAUUCGGGCAAUGCAUCUUUAUUGCAGGUUUACGUAGAAGGAGACGCAGCAACUGAAUCAGACGUUCCAUUCACUGUUUUCACUGAUGAAAAUGAACAUCUGGACGUUGUUGAACAAAGGUUCACGUACUGUUGCUGCUAUUGUGCUCGCAGUGAAUUAGGGGAUCGCUUUUGA